AAGAGGCAAUGGCUGGUUUACAGGUCAUAAGCUGCGAUUGGCAUCUCUCUGCUAACAAAAAAGCCCACCACACCAAUGUCUUUGACAGCACUGAUCUCAUCCUAAGGAGGGGGCAACCUUUUGUGAUCACCCUGAAUUUCAGCCGAGCUCCCGAGCCAGGAGAAAACAUUCAAUUCACCUGUGAGACAGGUCCAUCUCCUUCAGAGGAAACCAAAACAAAAGUGUCCUUCCCAUUGUUUAGAGCUCAGGAGACGGAGACAUGGAGUGCAGUCCUUACAUCCAGCUCUGCGAAGUCCCUGACUGUGACCAUAAACAGCCCCUCCAAUUCUGUGAUUGGACGUUAUAUUCUGAGCGUAUCGGUCCUUUCCAACCGCUCUGACCAGGGGGCUCCUCAGAAGAUUGGUGGACUCUAUCUAAUCUUUAAUCCAUGGGUCCAAGAGGAUGAUGUUUUCCUGUCUGAGGAGGAUGAAAGACAGGAAUACGUUUUAAAUGAAUAUGGUGUCAUAUUUGUGGGAAGCUACGAUGACAUCACGUCUAGGAACUGGGAGUAUAAUCAGUUUGAUGCAAAUAUUCUGGACAUCUGCUUUGCCAUCUUGGAUCACAGCAUUAAUUAUCAAAAAGACCCAGCAUCUGACGUCUCACAACGGAGUGAUCCACUCUAUGUGUGCAGAGUCCUUAAUGCCACGGUAAAUAGUAAAGAUGAAAAUGGUGUUCUUGUGGAGAACUGGAGUGGGGAUUAUGAUGAUGGCGUUAGCCCAACGAGCUGGAAUGGAAGUACUCCUAUCUUGAAACAAUGGUACUAUAAGGGAUUUAGACCUGUGAAAUAUGGACAGUGCUGGGUGUACGGAGGUGUCCUCUGCACAGUGCUCAGAUGCCUGGGGAUUCCAAAUCGCGUCAUUACAAACUUCAACUCGGCCCAGGACAAGAAUGGAAACCUGUGUAUAGAUUUAUACUAUGAUAGCCAUGCAAGCAGUCAACAGGCUGAACAAGAUCUAAUAUGGAAUUUCCACGUCUGGAAUGAAGCUUGGUUUAGGCGCAGUGACAUUGGCGCACCCUACAAUGGCUGGCAAGUAAUGGAUUCAACUCCACUGGAGACCAGUAAAGGAAUAUAUCGUUGUGGUCCUGCACCACUUCAUGCAAUUAAAGAAGGAGAUACUGAUCUGAACUAUGAUGUAGGAUUCAUGUUUGCCUCUGUAAACGCCGAUGUUGCUUCCUGGAUCCAGUACAGUGAUGGGACCAAGAAAAGGACUACAAAUGAUACAAGAGCAAUCGGCAAAUACAUUAGCACAAAAGCUGUUGGGACAGAUGAUCGAGUGGAUGUUACACACACAUAUAAACAUUCAGAAGGUUCCAAAGAGGAGAGAGAGGUAUUUGAAAAGGCUGUUCAUAAGUUACAUGAAGGUCCCAUUGAGGAACUUGAGAGGAACUUACUUGGUUUACGUAGAAGAGGUGGCGAUAGGACAAUGCAAGGCGAGAUACUGUUUGGACGUUUUAAAGUGGAAAAAGUUCCCACAGUUGGACAGGAUAUAGAGGUCAUGCUUACUCUAAAAAACCUGAAAGCUGAUACCAUUAGCAUUGUUGUAAACAUGACUGCUUCCUGUAUUUUGUAUACUGGACGGCCUAAACACGAGAUCUGGACUGAAGCAAAAUCCGUUCAACUGGGUCCUCAGCAAGAAAUAAACAUUUCCAUACCGCUAACGUAUACCCAGUAUGGAAAAUGCGUGAAGGAAGACAACGUGAUCCGUAUGACAGCCUUGUGUGAGGUUGAAGGCUCUGAAGAAAGAAUCUUGGUGGAGAAAGAUGUUACUUUGGUAAAGCUGCCUCUAAGUAUGAAGAUGCCUACGCAGGCUGUUAUAUACACGACUUUCUACGCAGAGGUUGAGCUCUCCAACACAUUUUCUGAGACACUGAAUUCAUGCGUAUUGACAUUGGAAGGAAGUGGACUAGUUAGCGGACAAUUUCAGCACAAAUUGCCACCCUUGAAGCCUGGGAAGAAAUACACGACACACUUUAUAGUUACCCCUUUCAAAUCUGGUUUAAGAACAUUGCAAUUGACUUUCAACUCUGACAAAAUACAGAACGUCAAAGCAUCUCAGAAAGUUAUGGUGAUAGGUUCUCACUGAUAACAGAGGCACCGGCCGCAAGCUGCUACCACUUCUAGAAUGAUUAAUUCAUGUUUCAGACCUUGACACAAUGACAUUUAAAUUAUAUGUUUAUCAUGACUAACAAUUAUUCUAUUGAAGGUCUUUAUGUACCAUGAAAGAACAGGGGUAGACCUUUCCAUCAACUUUUAGGUAGUAGAAAUCCUGUAGAAGUAACUUAACUAAAGCGCCAAAGGAGUCACCUGAACAUUCCCUUAUAUCAACAACAUCUUCUCCUUCUUUCAUUCAUAAGCUCAGCAGAGACUAUAUUUGAAAAUUUACCCCAAACCACAAAGAAAAAAAAUCACUAUACACCACUCAUUGACCAAUCAGCACCUAAUACUGGUGACUGUACAUUAUCAGCAAAGAACAGUAACCAGAAUAGGUUACUCCCUACCUGCUCACAAUGUCUAACUGUGG